UUACAUCAUCAUAAUAUUCAAAUCUGUCGGUCGAUACCCAGUUAAAACAUCUGGCUGGCUGGCUGGCUGCUUUAUCAAAAUCUUUGUUUUGUUUAAUUUAUUAUUAUUAAUGAAAAUUGAGAGAUGAGUUGCGUGCCUGUAUUUCAGUGUCUUUAUGGACUUGAGAACUUGAUGAUGAUCACUGCAUUCUGAUGAUGAACAUUGCAAUUCAAAAUCUCCUUUUGGAUUGCUUUCUUCCGCCAAUGAAGGGCACCACCCUCAUCCUCGUCGCCCUCAAUUCUCGCUCCCUUAGAUGGCGACACUGAUCGUAGCCACCGCAAUUAUCACGCUCAUCGCCCUUGUAUCGCCAGUGCAUGGCCUCGGCGGCUCCGCUGCCACCGCCGCCGUGGUCUACGGAUCCGCCACGGUCUGUGGCAUCGUCGCCGAGAAAAGGAACCGGCGUAUACAGUGCUGGCGGAAUGGCCAGGUGAUUCACAUCGAACCGGACAUCUCUUUCGACUACAUCGCGGGUGGCCGGGACUCCUUCUGCGGCGUCAGAUCCGGCGGCGUCAGCCUCCUCUGCUGGAACUCCAAUUUCACCCCCAAACGCAUAUAUAACGACGAUUCCGUGCUUUUAGAGGACCUCACAUUAGGUGACGAUCAAAUAUGCGCGUUGACGAACGGCACUCGAAGCGUAAAAUGCUGGAGAGGGAACCAAUCUUCUUCCACUUGGCCGCCAUUUUCGUCGGCCCAAUUCCUCUCGAUCUCCUCCGGUUUAGGGUUUUCCUGCGGAGUUGUGAUGAAUACCGCAAAGGUCGCCUGCUGGGGAAGCAACACUAUAAUGGCGAAUCUCAUUCAAUCUCAGUUCGCCAAUCUCUCUAUGUUGAGCAUUGUCGCCGGAGGCAGCCAUGCUUGUGGACUGAAUCUAACUGGCUUUUUGAUCUGUAAAGGAAGAAAUGACUCCGGACAAUUAGAUUUUCCAUCCAAUAAUGGCAACGAGUUCUCCGGCAUGGCCCUCGGCGCCAACCACAGCUGCGCCAUUCGCCGGUCAAACGGCUCGGUGGUCUGCUGGGGUGGCGCCGGCGAGUUUUCAAGCAAUGUAAUAGAUCAAAUUUCGUUUGAUUCGAUCGUCGCAGGUUUGGAUUUCACUUGUGGAUUGACGAUAAGUAAUUUUUCGAUGAUUUGCUGGGGGCCAGGCUGGAAAAAUAAUUCCUCACGGACCGAGCUUGGAUUAUCGAAGAUUCUUCCGGGGCCAUGCGUUCAAUCUCCAUGCAACGAUUGUGGUAUAUAUCCGGAGUCUCAAAUCCUCUGUUCUGGCUCUGGUAAUAUAUGCGCCCCCUGUAAUCCACCAUUUUCUCUCCGGCCAAUUUCCCCGCCGCCCCUUCAACCGCCGCCGGCGGCCACUUCCAAGCCAUUGACAAAGGGUUUGUUAGCUUUGGCCAUAGUUGGUUCAGUCGGGGCGGUUUCGGGUAUCUGCACCGUAAUUUACUUGAUCUGGACCGGCGUUUGCUGCGGGAACAAGAAGAUUCACAAUUCUGUUCAACCCACAGUAACCGUUUCUAACCCGAGCCCGGCCCAGGUACCCGGCAACAACCCGCCGCCCGGCGUUAAACGGCAGGGUUCGAGGCCAAUGCGGCGGCAGAGGAGCGGAACCUCGUCCAAACACGCCGACAUGGCAGAGGAGUUUUCCUUCUCCGACCUUGCCACCGCCACCGGCAACUUCUCCCCCAACAACAAGAUCGGCGCCGGAAGCUUCGGCGUCGUUUACAGAGGAAAGCUCUGGGACGGCCGCGAGGUCGCCAUCAAGAGAGGCGACACCGUCGAGAAGACGAAGAAGUUUCAGGAGAAAGUAAGCGCAUUUGAAUCGGAAUUGGCGUUUCUCUCGAGGCUCCACCAUAAACAUUUGGUGAGGCUCGUAGGGUUUUGCGAAGAGAGAGAUGAAAGGUUAUUGGUUUACGAAUUCAUGAAAAACGGCGCUCUCUUCGAUCAUCUCCACGACAAGAACAACGUGGACGAGAGCAGCAGCUUGGUGAAUUCCUGGAAAAUGAGGAUCAAGAUUGCGCUCGACGCGGCUCGUGGAAUCGAAUACCUCCAUAAUUACGCUGUUCCACAGAUCAUUCACCGAGACAUCAAGUCUUCGAACAUAUUGCUGGACGGGAAUUGGAUGGCGAGGGUGUCGGAUUUCGGGUUGUCUCUGAUGUGCCCGGGGUCCAGCCGCCAUUACCAGCCGGUAAAGACGGCGGGGACGGUCGGGUAUAUCGAUCCGGAGUACUACGGCCUGAACGUGCUGACGACGAAGAGCGACGUUUACGGGCUUGGAGUGGUGAUGCUGGAGAUUCUGACCGGGAAAAGGGCAAUCUUCCAGGGCGGGGAAGAUGGCGGUGAGCCGACUAGCGUGGUGGAUUUUGCGGUGCCGGCGAUAAAGGCCGGAGAGAUGGGGAGGAUUCUGGACCGGAGGGUGGGGCCGCCGGAGAUGAACGAGGCGGAGGGGGUGGAGCUGGUGGCGAACACGGCGGUGCAUUGCGUGAACGUGGAGGGGAAAAAUCGGCCGACUAUGAGUGGCAUUGUGGCUAAUUUGGAGCGAGCUUUGGCGCUGUGUGAUGGCCGCCAUGGCAGCGUCUCUGGAGCUCAGCCUCAGAGUCAGAUCUCCAUUGUUUCGGACUGAUGCGAAAUCAGCAACCCAAUGAAUUGAUUGCAUAGGAGACGGCGAAGAAGAAGUAGAAGUAGAAGUAGAAGUAGUGCUAAUUUAUUUUGGAUUUUAUAUUCUCUUUACAAAAUGCUACUGGUACACCCAUUUU